UCUCUCUCUCUACACUCUGUUACUUUUAUUGAUUCAAGUAAUUCCUCAGCACAGAGCGAACACUCACACGCUCACUCUCAAAAUUCGCUCAUUUUCGUCACUCAAACCCACUUUCCAACUUCCCAUUUCUCUCAGAUCUGUCGAGUUUUGGGCUAAUCUGACCCCGAAUUUGGACUCCGAAAACCUCUGCUUGCGAUUCUCUCGCACUCGCAUUCUCUAAUUUCUUGUUCAGAGCUGUGUAUACAGGAGGGAUUUUAUUUGGUUUCUGGGAUUUUCUGCUUCACUCCUUUGAAAUCUCUCUGGAACUCCGCUAUUGAUCUGCAAGUCGUAGUGAAGAUAAGUUGCAUCAAAAUGCAUGAUACAAGUGCAAACAGUUAGAAAAGAUAUGGUAUGAACUGAAGUUGAUGGGUUUCUAGGCCUGCAGUACAUUAUAAAUACUGGGUUCUGCAACAUUUUGAUUUUUGGGUAUUGGAUGGUUAAAGCCAAGUUCGCUAUGUUGCUUGCUCUUCUUGUAAAUUGGGUUUGUUUAAUGUCUGUUUUCUUAUGAGGAGGAAGGCUUUUGCAGUUUUUAGGCACUGGAGGGGGGGGUAAAUUUGCUGUUUCACUUCUUUUUUAAUUGAUUGGGUUUAUUUGGUUUGUACUUGUUGCUUGAAAUUGUGAGGAAGAAUUUAGGUUGCUAAAAUGAUGGAACCCGAGUUAUGUUCUUCUCGGGUUCUCUCUCCUUUUCGGGAGGAAAGUGGUGAUGAAGAGCUUUCCGUGCUUCCUAGGCACACUAAAGUUGUUGUGACAGGAAACAAUAGAACAAAGUCUGUUUUGGUGGGUUUGCAAGGAGUCGUCAAGAAGGCUGUUGGUCUCGGUGGUUGGCAUUGGCUGGUUUUAAAGAAUGGGGUUGAAGUGAAGCUGCAAAGGAAUGCUCUGAGUGUUCUAGAACCUCCCACUGGGAAUGAAGAAGAUGAAGAUGAUUUUGGUAACUCUAGCAGUAGCUCUGACAUUGGCGAAAAGGAUAAUGAUUUCUGCCAUGGAAUUGAGUUCAGCAAACUGAGCAAACCAAGAGUUCGGUAUACAAGGCCAUGGAUUACAUCUGCAUCAGCAAAGUCAUCCAAUCGUAGUAUUUACAGAGAAGUUCACUCCAAUAUUCGGACAUCUCAAGUGGUAAGCAAUAUGAAAGGAAAUGUAGUUACACUGGGAAUUCUAAACAAUUGUAACCUUUUUAUUCCUAGUCCAAAAUGCAAUAUGCACUGUUUGUGGCUGGGAGAUAUUUUGUCAUUUGUGGAGUUUACGACUGCUAUUGGCUUAUAUUCAUCUUUAAAUGCUAACCCUAAUCUUACCAAAGAACAAGUGGUUAAUGUUGUUCAGCAGCAUUUUGCUUCACAGAAAGUGGAUGAGGUCCAAGUGAUUGCAGAAUUCAUCCAUGCAGCCAAGCGACUGAAGUCAGCUGACACAUAGAGAGUGAUUAGAGGAACUCCGAUGUCCAGUGCUUGUAUAAUUGGUUUAAUAUAAAUACAUAUCAACUCUAACCUUGUACUUAAAUUCUAAUUAUAGACUGCUAUUUGAGUGCACCCCUAACCCCCUGUAGUACGAGGCUACUGACGAGCUCAUAUUAUAUGACCUUUAACUUUGUGUCGUAUUGAUGAGUCAUUACCAGACGGGUUGUUAAGAACUUAAGGCUCACUGAUGUGAGGUAAAGAGUAGAGCUGCGGUGUCCUCUAGUAUAUUGUAUCUACAGUUCAUGUUCUAUCAUGCGAAUGGUCUGCCGCACAAGUUUUUCUCCAAGUGCAUAUAUUUGUGUUUUGAGUUUUUGAAAUGCACUUUCACAACACUGGCAUAGAAAAAUGCUUUGAAUGCAGUGUUGGCAACUCUGCAUUCAUCCUUAUUGUCGGUCUCUAUCUUGGAUGAGUGUGGCAUUGAUGCUGGGCAUACGUUUAAAAUGAAUUAUGUUUUAUAUAUAUUGUUCUCCCUUUUAUGUAGAAUUUUAAAAA